AUGUCUGAGAGUGAGUUCACGCCAAUCACAGAAGGACAGGCGACUGUUUUGUUUUCGAAAACAGAAGCUGAGGCGUUCUAUAAUCCCGUUCAAGAAUUAAACAGAGACUUAUCGAUUUCAGUGAUAUCGUCGUAUUUGUUGUCACAAAAAGAAGAACAUGAAAAAACACAGAAAGAAUAUCACCCUGUUGUUGUCGAAGCACUUGCCGCGUCUGGACUCCGUUCUAUUCGAUACGCAAAGGAAUUGCCACAAGAAGUCGACUUUAAGGUGAUUUCAAAUGACAUUUCGAAAACAGCAGUGGAGGCGAUUAACCGAAACGCAAAGUACAACAACGCAACACGAAUCAUUCCGUCGGAAUCUGACGCAGUGCUGAUGCUUUACAAAUUAUCACAAGAAAAGAAUAAAGCAGACGUCAUCGACUUGGACCCAUAUGGUGCACCAACACAAUUUUUGGAUGCUUCAUUUGCAGCUAUUAGAGAUAAUGGAUUAAUGGCAGUGACAUGUACCGAUAUGGCGUGUCUUGCUGGAACACAUGUACCAGCGUGUUACUCCAAAUAUGGGGCGAUGCCAUGGCACUCAUCAUGCGGACAUGAAUUUGGAUUAAGACUUGCACUACAAGCCCUUGCAGAGACGGCUUCAAGGCACAAAAAGUAUAUUGUGCCACUCGUUUGCUUCCACAUCGACUUCUAUGUCAGGAUGUUCAUCAUUGUCAAAAGCUCUGUGUCACUCUCUGGAGAACUUCCUUUGCAUGAGGGUCUUGUAUUCACUUGCUUGUCAUGCGAAAGUUUCUGUUGUAACAAACUUGGGUAUGACAAAGAUGGUAAAAUGAAGGCGUCGCCUUUGAGAAUCACAUCAAACAUUUGCGAACAUUGCAAAUCCCCAUUACACAUCAAUGGACCUGUUUGGAUGGAUGACUACAUCGACUAUGACUUCACUCGGAAAUUACUUAAAAGGUAUCAAGAAAACGAAGGGUUGCACGUUAACUCAAGAAGAAGAAUCAUGGCACUUCUCCAACUUCUUUCCGACGAACUUCCUAAUACCCCUCUUUUCUACGCUCUCGACAGAGCAGCUCACUUUUUCAAACUCUCUGUACCACCACGUUCUAUUUUUGUGCAAGCUUUAGAGUCUAAAGGGUUCAAAACAUCUUUUUCGCACACGUACCCAAAUAGCAUUAAAACAAAUGCGGACGCAGUCACGGUCUGGGACUUGUUCAGGGAGUUCAAUUCGCAAAAUCCGUCGAAAGUGUCUGAACAAACGCCAGCUUAUGUGUUAUUGAAAGAGAAGCAAAAGACAGUAUUUGAGUUGACUCAAUUCAAGAAAAUCAAAGAGAAAAAACCGAACCCCUUAUUUGUGGAGAAACCAGGCAAGAACUGGGGACCUGGGUGCAAGAAGAAAAAGACGCUCACCAACAAAAUCAAUUCAAUGGGUGAAGACAAAAAGGAGAAAGAGAAAGAUGAGGACUUAGAUAUCUGA